AUAGAAAGGUACACAUCGCUGGAGCAGAAUCAGUCACAGAAUAAGAUUCAAAAUUGUGACUGAACGUGUUUAUAUUUUCGAAAAAAAAAAUACCAUUUCCAUUUCAAACGUCUGUGAUAAACCAAUCGCAUCGGAUUCGAAAACAGUCGAAGCAGUAAUGUGGAAAUCGUCGGAAUUUGCCCUCUUGUCGUUUGGAUUCGUGCUACUUUCUAAUUACAUUGCUCAAACGGAUGCUCUAAUUAAACGAUGCUACCAGUGCCGGUCGCGGGGAGAGCUUGGAAGUUGUAAAGAUCCGUUCACGUUCAAUGCGACGCAGGCAGAAAGCGAACACGGUGUGACGGCCGUUCCGUGUGCUUCCGGCUGGUGCGGAAAGGUGAUCGAGGGCCAAGGAUCGUUCAGGGAGGAUGACUACGACAUGGCCACUCAGAGAAUGUGUGUUCAACGGGGUCCAUCGGAUUCGGAAGAUCGGUGUGCCUAUACGGUGUACAACUAUAAAAAGGUGUAUAUGUGCUUCUGCCAGGGUGAUCUUUGUAAUAGUGCACCUAGUUGGAGAGCAACGUCGAGUGGCAGCUUUCUCAUGACGAUACUGAUAACACUAUCGUGUAGCGGGUUGCUACCGCUGCUUAGAUUUCGUUGAAAGUUAAGACUCGAUUAUGGAAACAUCUUCUGGAAACCGUACUACGUAACACGUGCUACCUGUACAGAGAACCGGCUACCAUGUCCAUUGUCCGAAGUAAUACGUAUAAAAUCAUCUGAAUGCACAAAUACUAAAAAAAAACUAGCACCACGAUAUCAGUACAUCCCGAACAAAAGGUAAAGUUAUAGGUUAUUUUGACUUUUCUAUCUGAUUAGCUUUCAAGCUUGUACCAAACUAAAUUUGAAAAGAUCGUUAAUUUAACCAUAACUCGAACACUCGAAAUUGAUGUUUGUUCUCUGGGGUACCACUGUUGAGUAUUGUUCCAAAUAUCAUUGAUAAGGUACUGCUAGCUCUUCAUACCAUAUCUAAUUUAUUUUUAGACCGUCACCACGACUUCUUCGACAUAUCAUCAAUUGUUAAUUUAGAUAACAUGUUAUGUUAUUAUUGAAGUAUCAUGCAGUCCAUUCAAAUGCUAAGGUCCAAAUCAAAAUAAAAUGUUUAUA